AUGGCGGAGGACCCAGAGAAACAGGAGUACUCAGUGCCUGAUUUAGAGAAGUUUCAGUUGUCACACCCAUUCUUCAAGAGAAAAGAGCACCUGAAAGCUUUUGACCAGGAAGUAAAUGCAUUUGUGGACUAUCUGUUUGGACCUCGAGAUGCCAGGGUUAGAGGAUGGCUCCUUUUGGACUCAUACCUUCCCACAUUUUUCCUUACCGGAGGAUACCUACUCUGCAUAUGGCUGGGCAACAAGUUCAUGAAGGACAGGCCUCCUUUCUCUCUCAGGGCUCAUCUCAUUGUAUAUAACCUUGGGAUUACACUACUCUCCUUGUAUAUGCUCAUAGAGCUCAUCCUUGCCACGUGGGAAGGAGGGUACAACUUGCAGUGCCAGAACCUCCACAGUGCAGGGGAGGCAGACAUUCGGGUAGCCAAGGUGCUGUGGUGGUAUUAUUUUUCCAAAGUAAUUGAAUUCAUGGACACUAUCUUCUUUGUACUGAGAAAGAAAAGCAGCCAGAUCACCUUCCUUCACGUGUAUCACCAUGCCACUAUGUUUAACAUUUGGUGGUGUGUUCUGAACUGGAUACCCUGUGGGCAAAGUUUCUUUGGACCCACUUUGAAUAGCUUUAUCCAUGUGCUUAUGUAUUCAUACUAUGGACUGUCAGUCAUCCCUUCUAUGCGCAAGUAUCUCUGGUGGAAAAAAUACCUCACUCAGGCACAACUGAUCCAGUUUCUGCUCACCAUUGUGCACACACUCAGUGCAGCUGUGAAACCAUGUGGAUUUCCCUUUGGCUGCCUCAUGUUCCAGUCCUCCUAUAUGGCCACACUGGUCGUUCUCUUCAUAAACUUCUACAUUAAGACAUACCGGAAAGCACCUUCAAGAACAGCUGUAAAGGAAACCCCUGUCACAAGAGAAAUCAAGAAUGGUUUCCAUAAGGACUACUUUGCUGCUGCCAAUGGAUUCCUGAACAAUAAGAAAGCACAAUAA